GGGCUUCUUCGAUUUUCGGAGUUCUGGGAGCGCGCGGGCAGCCAGACGGCCGCCAGCUAGUUCCGGUUGUGAGAGGAAACGGCGUCAUAGUCACGUGGGCUGAAACUUCAAGGCGGCCCGCAGGUUGUAAAAUCGAAUGCCGGGGAGGGAGCGCCGGCGUCGUCUGCUGAUUUGUGCGUCGUCUGCUCACUUGUGCGUUCUCCGCUUGUAAGCAUGAUUGCCGAAGAGCUGCUCGCGAUGAUCACAUCGCUGUUCGGCGUGCUUUUCGCGAGAUCAUCCCCUACGCACGAGCCUGACGAAGACUACAUCGGCGAUGAGUUCGCAUUGGUUCUGCAUUUAAUGAAGUUGCAUAGACAGGAUCGGCACAGGGUGCCCUUGUACGUUGAAAGUGUCGUGCCAACGUACAUGGAAUUUGAGUUCAAGAAGUUGUUCCGGCUUUCAAGAAGCACGUGCGGAGCCCUGAUUGAGGAGUUCGAAGCGUCGAGCUACUACCAAGAAGGUACCCGAGGACGUCCCCAAAUUUCGGCCGAGAAAACGCUUCUUAUUGCGCUAACGUACAUAGGCACGCAACAAACUAUGUAUCACAUUGCUGACAAGUUCGAUGUCAGCGAAUCAACCGUCCACGCAGCAAUUAGCCGUGUCUUGGACUUCAUUUUCUCUAUAAGUGCGAGAGAAAUCUGCUGGCCUGACCGCGACGAAAAGGAGCGAAGCAAGCGGGCCUUCUCGGAGUUGGUUCGUCGCAGGUCGGGGCUCCCGGACGUCAUCGGUGCCAUCGAUGGAUGUCACGUCCGCAUUUCUAGGCCCUCGGAGUCUGAACAAAGCUAUUACAACAGAAAGAAAUUCCACUCGAUCAUUCUUCAAGGGGUCUGCAAUGCAGAUAUGCUGUUCAUCGAUGUGUUCAUCGGAACUCCCGGGAGCGCCCACGAUGCUCGGGUUCUCCGGGACAGCUUCCUGUACGACGAAGCACCGACGAAUUGCGAAGGAGGCUAUCUCUUGGGGGAUGCUGCGUAUCCCUUGACGACGUGGUUGCUGCCACCCUACCGCCAGACUACGGCGAACUGGCGGCCAUGGAUGACUGCAUUCAACUACGCGCACAGUAAGCAGCGAGUGGUCAUCGAGGGGGCCUUCGGAAUCCUCAAAGCUCGGUUCCAGCGGCUGCUGUGGAUUGAUGUCGGCAGCAUCAAGCAAGCGGUGCAGAUUGUACUUGCAGCCUGUGUGCUGCACAACAAGGCUCGACGAUGCGGCGACUUCGUGGAGGACCUCGAAGCGAGCGACAGCGGUACUGAUGUCUCGUCUGCAGAGCCUGCCGAAGGUGAUGACGCACCAGCCCUCUCCGCAGCAGCCUUCCGUGAUAGCAUCGCCCAGAGCCUCUAAAUGUAGCAUGGGUUUAUUUACAUUGGUGACUUGCCUGUGAUAUUCCCUUAAUGUAUGAAUGACGCACACCCAUAUAUAUGUUUUGUUUGCCAGUUCCACAUUUUUUUUUCAGUAUCGGUCCACUGUCCGUGCACUUUUCUUUUUUUUCUUUUUACUUUGCUGUUAUUCUUAAGUAUAAAUCAAUAU